CAAUGUUAUUGGAAAUGAGUUCACUAACUUUCCCAUCAACCUUGAUCUCUAAUAAAAAAUUCCCAAUAAUUUUCCAAGAAAAAUAUUCCCAAUUUUCUCUCCAUCCAAAAAAGAAUCAACUUCUUCAUGACCAAAAAUAUGUUUUAAACCAAGUUUCAUCCAAAAGAAAUUACCUAUUAUACCCUUUGAAAUGUAAUGCUAGAGAUGAUUCAGAAAAUAAUCCAGAAGAAGGCCAAAAAGCUGUGGAAACAGUACAAAAACUUUAUAAUGCACUUAAAAAGAAAAAUCUUAAUGAAUUGUCUGAUAUAAUUGGGGAAGAAUGUAGAUGCAUUAGCAAUGUUGCAUCCUCCUUACAAACUUUCUAUGGCAAGGAGCAAGUAAUAGAUUUCUUCAAUUCAAUGAUAAAGCUAUUUGGCGCUAAUAACUUUGAGUUUAUUGUCCAUCCCACUAUACAUGAUGGAACACAUGUUGGGGUUGCUUGGGAACUAACAUGCAGUGACACUCAUAUUCCAAUUGGAAAAGGUUUUGGAUUCUAUUAUUGUCAUUAUUACAAGGGCCAGAUGAUGAUAAGGAAUGUGGAGAUAUUUAUGGAGCCACUCCUUCAGAUUGAGCCAAUUCGAUUGAAAAUAACAUCCUUCCUUUUGAGAACAAUUCAAAAGAUGAACCCAGAUCUUUUGAAGGGAAAGAAGAAACAGGCUAUGAACAUCUUGUUUAUGAUUCUACUAUUUGUAGCUCUGCUGUAUUUGAUCAAGAACUUCAUGUAAUUCACUAACAAAAUUAUAGUAAUUUUCUUUAUUGAUUUGUAGCGAUUUUAAGUUUUCAGACUCCACUUGUGGGAUUAAACUGUAUAUGUUAUUGUAGUGAUUCUAAAUUUUCAGACUCCACAUGUGGAAUCAUACUGGAUAUGUUAGUUGUAGCAAUCUGAGUUUCCAGACCCCACUUGUGGGAUUACAUUGAAUAUGUUGUAGCAAUUCUAAAUUUUUAGACCCCACGUGUGGUAUUAUACUAGAUAUGUU